AUGGAGCCGCCCCAAGACAUGGCUAAGGUUUCCAACACAGAAGACAAUCACAACAGGCGGGUCCAUUCCCUGUACGCAGCGCCGUUAUUUCAGAGAAUUUCCCAAACCCACUUGGAAAACAUGCAAGCGAGGGGGUCGGAAUUCUCUUCUACAGCUUGGAACGUCCAGGAGCAGGACCAGACCUCUAAUCUGUCCAAAGUCGAGUUCAAGGAGAGUCCUGGGUACCGGUUGCUGAAUAUGCUGAGAAAAACUCUUAAACGGUCUGGAAAUAAAGAACAAGAAGUAACACAUGGGACACCAAGUUUGGUGCCAUUUGGGGAUGUGGUCGGCUGCCUGGCCAUUCAUGUAAGAAACUGCAAACAUUUUACGCCUAAGAUCAUUUCCCAGCAUUACAGUAAUUUGUUCAUUCGCAUCUCUAUUAACAAUGUGGUGAAAUGUACAAAAACUUGUAGCUUGCUAUCCCAAAACACUGAAAAGGACUUUAUGAUUACAUUUGAUGAAGUGAAGUAUUUUUCUGUACAGGUUCCCAGACGUCAAGAUGAUGAGAAGAAUAAUAUUCGCUUAGAACUAAUGCAACGUGACAGUACAAAAAAGUAUCUUCUUUUGUUAGGGAGUGUUCAGGUACAUCUUUAUGAAGUAAUUCAGAAAGGGUGCUUUGCUGGAGAACUCCAAAUGUUGAAUAAAAAUACAUUUAUCUGCAGGGUGGAGGUGGAAUUUAUGUUCUCCUAUGGAAACUUUGGUUAUGGAUUUUCACAUCAGUUAAAACCUCUUCAGAAAAUUAUUAAGCCAUCUAUGUUUAUGGAUAUUGCACCACCUCCAGAAAGAACAGACCCUGUGACAAAUGUUAUUAUACCACAGCCAAUAGCAUAUCCAGCAUUCUUAUCCCCAGACCUGAAUGUUACUGUUGGGAUGCCAACUACAACAUCCCAGUCCAACCAGCCAUCUGUUGUGCAACUUGAAAAACUUCAGCAAAAACCCCGGGAAAGGCUGGAAAAAAUGAAAAAAGAAUAUAGACAUCUAAGUACAUGGACAGAAAAAGCUAGCUAUAUAGAAGGACUUCUUACCCCAGGAUUAGAAUGUAAAGAAUCUAAGAAAAGUAAUGUCAAUGAGAUACUAGAAAGCCAAUUGGAAGAGAGACCUACAGAUACUGUUACAUCAGGUAUCUCCCUAAUAAAGGAGCAAGCUGAAACUAUUCCAAGUGAGUUACUGGAUAAUGAUGAUAAUGGUGAUAAGAAAGGCCUGACUCUACCAACUUUGAACCAGUCAAGAAAAGAUGAUUCAAGUGUUGUUGCUCCUAAAACUGAUGUGCCAUCAAAGGAAACAGAUACGCCAUUGUCCACUGUUUCUAGGCUGUCAAUAACAGAAGAGGACCAAAUACCACCUUUAGAGGAACACCGGCAAGAAGCCAUGCCAGUGAAGAAAAUGAAAAAUCUCUUCUUUCUACCAGAAGAAAAAUUAAAAGAGAGAUACCCAGGCCUUUUGAAAACUGACUCAUAUACAUCAGAGGUGGUUUUCUCACCAAAAGAAUACAUUUCACCGUGUUUCAAACCAGAACAUACAGAAUUCAAACCAGCAUAUCAAUUCCAGAAAUUCAACAUCAAGAAUGGUUUUGAUCCUUUUCUAAGGAAUAUAAACAACAAAAUGCCAGUUCAAAAAAGGAAAGACCAAGAUAUGCUCAAAUGUAGAAAUAUUUUAAGUGCAGAGAUUAUAGAGCAUGAAGAUCAAGAUCCUCCUUACCCAACACAUUCAAAAACUGCAAGACCUGCUAAUAAAACCUGGCCCCAUAAUCUUGAUAUCAUUUCAAUAAAGGCUUUAGACACUAAGAAUAAGUUAGCUGGUGAUCCGGCUCAUCAUCGUAGUAUCACCAAAAUAAAGACUUUAGACACUAAGAAUAUAUUACAGGAAAGAUUACCACAUGUUUCGUUACCAAACUUUGAGGGAGACUCAUCAGUGACUGAAAAAGUAAAUGUACAUAAACGUCGCCUCUCAAAAUCAUUAAGUCUUACUUCCCACAUAGAAAAUUUAAAACAAUCAAUGGUGCUCAAGUCAAUUUUAAGUAAAAAUCUGCAAGACCUUUCAGAUAGAUUAUUUUCUACACCAGGAGUUCCUAUGGACCCUGCAGCAAGAAAGAAAAGUUACAGUUCUCCACUUCUAACGGUUAUCCAUGAUGAACAACCAAGUAGUUUGGAAGAUAAAGUAUUUGAAAACAUUCAAGAUUUAAGUAACCGGCUUUCAGAAGGAGGCAUUUUAAAUUCAAAGUCUCUUUUAAGUAAAAUAAUUAAAAAUAUUCCCGCAGAUUCACUUUCAGAAGGCAGACCAGGAAAUUCUCCUGAGGCAGAAGAAGAACCUGUCUCUGAAAAAUACUUACAGCCUGGUGAGACAGACUUUCCAAUUAAAAAAAAGAGUAGUUUCAAAAAGAAACAUUCAAAAAGUGAAAUAUCUAGCUCAAAACCAGAUUUGAAUAGCCUUGUAUAUGAUUAUGUUAUAAAGCAAAUAUUCAUUGCACCAAUCUUCUCAGAGUUGGCGAGAGGAGUGAAAAAAGCAAGUGAGACACAGAUAGACUCGCAGAGUCAGUUACCCACAGCUUGGGAGAGUUUGCUCUCUUCCAAUGUUCCAGUUCCCCACUAUGAAGAAAGCAAUAAUGAAAUAGAAUUUCCACCAGCCAAUUCUGUUAUAAGCCAGAUAAUACAGGCAUUUCCCGUAGAUACUCUUUUAGAAUCAGGGAUAAUCAAAGUGAUGGAAUUAGAUAAAGAAUACCAGAAAGGUUUUUUGCUUGAUACAGAGACAACUUUUGCUGAAGAAAAGCCAAAGGAUUCUACAGAAUAUUAUUCAGAAAUAAGAGGCAAAGCAGAACCUCUUUCAGACCAGAAUUCAGCCAUCAUUCACCAAGAAACCACUUCUUCUUUUAAAAGAGUUGAAUUCAUAGACAAAGGCCAAAAUACAUCCCCACAUGAAUCAAAAUACCAGUCGACACCAGAUAAAAAACCAGAUUUGCCAAGUAAUGGUCAGAGACUUGAUAGAGAAGAAAAUGAUACAAGUUCUACUUUAGAAAACUUAAGUACCUCAUUAAUGGGUAAACUUAAUGACUCUGAUGUAAUAAUGUUAAAAUCUUUUUUGAAAAACAUAUAUAACUUUUUUUUCAAAUAUAAUCAAUCUGAAAACAGACCACCAGAAAAAGAAUUAGAAAGACUAAUUCAACAUCCUUUUCCAAAUAAGACAGAAGACUUUGAAGAAAUCGAAGAGAAUUUUGAUAAAGCAGACAAACUGGACAGAAAACCUGUUUUGAAUCCAAAGCUGCGUAUAUUUCUAGAAGAACUCUCAGAGUCAGAAAUAAAAAAUUUAAAAUCUGAAUUAAGUAAACAUGUCCAGCAUUACCUUGUAGAAAGGCUUUCAGAAUCAGGACAUAUCACCAAAGAAGACUUACCAAAAAUCUAUCAAAAUCUGUAUUUGAUGAAUGAGAAAGUAGAACCAAAAGGACAAAAUAUUUUUCUGGAGAAAUAUUCAGAAACUGUAAAAGAAAUCAUGUCUUUUGUAAAUAAUUUUAAUCAUCAUUUCAUAGAUAAACAUUUGGAAAUAAAACUAAGAUCUUUUUUAAGUGAAAUUCUCCAAAACUAUUUCCUGAAAAACCUUUCAGACAACAGUUUAUUUAAAGAGACAGAAUCUGACCCUAUGUGCUCAGAAGUAUCUUCUCUAAGAGCUGAAAGUGCCUCAAUAUCUUUCCACCAGUUAGGACAAGACACUUCAAGCAGGAGUUUUGGCAGUAGACUUGAAAUAAACAUGAAAUAUCCCUUAAAUAAAUCUCUACAAAGCUAUCUUAUCGCUUUAUCAGAAAAUGAAAUCUUAGAUCUAAAAGCUGAUUUAAGCAAACACCUCCAGAGCCUUUUUAUAGAAAAACUGUCAAAAUCAGGACUAAUCACAGAAAGGCAAUUAGAGGGGAUAAGCCAGCACAUAAAUUUGGUUAAUUUUAGUUCCACACCACUAAAAUAUAUAAAGCCAGAUUUGUCUUUAAGAGAUGAAAAUCAGUUUGUGGAGGAGCAUUCAGAAAAGCAAAAUAAAUAUUCAAAAAUUGCUCAGAAAACCACUUUACAAAAAGUUCCCAAAGAUAGACUUGUAGAAACAGAGUUGACCAAAAAGGAAGAAAAAGAACUUUUUUCCUUAGAAAAUAUUAAAGAAAAUCCACCAAUAAUUCAGGAACAGAAAAGACAUUCUCAAGAAGCUAAAAAACUGAGAUUAAUUAAAGUACAAACCUGUUCCAACAAAAACACUCAGGUGAGUCCACUAAAUAAGUCUUCAGAAAGACUUACAGAUACAGUGCCUAAAAAAAAAAAGAAAGAACAUGGUUUCAUGCAGUUUCCUCAUAAAGAAAAUUUUGAAUUUAAAACAGAGACUCAAGACCCACAUAAUUGGAGUGGUAAAUCAAAAAUAACUCAAUCAAAGGCUUGCUUUGAAAAGACACUAAAAAUGAAGUCUCUUGACAAAAAGGAUCACAAUAACACCUAUAAGUUGAUGGUACAGGAAAAACCUGAAGCAGUAUUGUCACCAUAUCAAAGAAUUCCUAAUUGCAAGAUGCCAAAUGAAGAUGAGGAAUACGUAAACAAAUUCACUUUUCCUUCCAGGCAAAAGAAUAUUCUAACUUGCCUCAAUUCAGAGGCUGGAGAGAAAUCAAAGUUAGAAGACCAGUAUCAUCAGAGAUUUAAAGGAAAUAAUAACAAUAAUAAAAAACAACAUUUAGAAAUAUUUGCACAUUACAAAGAAGAAAUACAAACCCUUUACACCAAACCAAAUGAACUUUGCAAUGAAACAUGUGCCUGGGUGCCUGAAUCACAAUUGCUUAAAAUUUUGAUAGCUGAGAAAAAUUCAAAACCAUCUCUCUUCCCGAAAGUACCAAAGAGAGAAAAUCUAAAGCCCAAGGUCCGAAAAGAAAGAGAUCAUGUCAGCAAAAAAAAGUCAUUUAACAAGACAGUUAGUGUAUUACCAACUACACCGCCCAGCACAGGAAUCCAUCCAAGAAAAUCUGUUCCAAGGACAUUGCUUCAUUGGACUGCAAGAAGAACUACACAUGAUUGUUCGGAUAGAUUUGAGGAAUUACAUGUGACUCCAUUUAAGCAUCUUGAAAAUGCAAAAUCAAGAGCAAGGCUUUUAGAAAAGAGCCCAGAUGAUAGCCAUAAUCAGUUCAAACGCUUUGCAAGACCAUAUACUGCUCCAGAGGUUAACAAAAGAGAAAGCUACACUGGAAAAUUUACAAGUCCUCGAAUGGUUUCAGCAGGCUUAUUUCAUAUAAAUGAUUCAAUCCCAGAGUAUGAAAUCCAUAAAAUGCGGCCAAAAAAAAAAAUUUAAAAGAGAAUAUUGAAAAAUGUUUGCUCAUUUGUGAUAUUAUCCAAAUGUUAAACAGUUCAGAAUAUGUGAGGCCAACAGAAUAGCAUUUCUUCAAUUAGCAAAAUGGUUUGGAGAUCAGUCCUUUUUAUGUGAUAGGAGUCAGUAACCAAAUUUCAUCUUGUUAGAACCAUUUUGUUUUAAUUAAAAUGAAAAAGAAACACUUUUGAUGUAAAUGUGUUUUUGUUUAUGAACCUUAGGGAACAAACUCAGAAAUACAUAUUCAUUAGUAAAGUUUUAUUUCCCAGCUUUUCCCCUUUCCACUAGUCUCUUAUUUCCCAAAUCUUUGCUAUGCUCUGAAUUAUCCCUGAACACCCAGUCUCAGGGUCUCUAUUUGCAGUUAUGUGUGUUUAGCCUUUGGUAUGAAUAUACUUUAAAUC